AUGCAGCACUAUGGAGUAAAUGGUUACUCUCUUCAUGCCAUGAAUUCCCUUAGUGCCAUGUAUAACCUUCACCAACAAGCAGCACAGCAAGCUCAGCAUGCCCCAGACUACAGACCUUCUGUGCAUGCUCUCACACUGGCAGAGAGACUGGCCGGCUGUACGUUUCAAGACAUCAUUUUGGAGGCCCGUUAUGGCUCCCAGCAUCGCAAACAAAGGAGAAGCCGCACAGCCUUCACAGCCCAGCAACUGGAAGCCCUGGAGAAAACUUUCCAGAAGACACACUAUCCAGAUGUGGUGAUGAGGGAAAGGCUGGCAAUGUGUACCAAUCUACCAGAAGCCAGAGUACAGGUUUGGUUCAAAAACAGAAGAGCUAAAUUCCGGAAGAAGCAGCGCAGCCUACAAAAGGAGCAGCUACAGAAGCAGAAAGACUCUGAAGUCAACCACAGUGAGGGCAAAGCAGAUGCUCUCAUAUUAGAAACACAGACUCCAACUCCUGAAGCAGACAAAUCUCUGAACCUGGCAAGUGAGAUGAAUACAGAGCUCAACCUGACUCUGUCAGAGCAAUCAGCAAGCGAAUCAGCAGCUGAGGACCAGACAGACCGAGAGGAAGAGUUCAAGAUCUCAUUGGGGGAGAAUAAAGCAGACAAGAGCCCUGGAGCUGAAAACAAGAUUCUGAACAGCAAGAGAGCAAGCCCCAAAGCAGAUUCCCCUGUCAAUGUCACAGCCACACCACCUUCCAGUAGCAAUAUGUCUCAAACCCACUCCUAUUCCUCCUCACCACUCAGCCUCUUCCGCCUACAAGAGCAAUUCCGUCAACACAUGGCAGCCACAAACAACUUGGUCCAUUACUCCUCCUUUGAAAUGGGGACCCCUUCCGCCAUGCCUUAUUUGGGCAUGAAUGUCAACAUGACACCCCUAAGCUCCCUGCACUGCCAGUCUUACUACCAGUCACUCUCCCAUGCUCAGCAAGUGUGGUCCUCUCCUAUCCUGCAGGCUUCCUCCUCUCUUCCAAGCCUGAACAGUAAAACAACCAGCAUUGAGAACCUACGGCUGCGAGCAAAGCAACAUGCUGCCUCUCUGGGACUGGACACUUUACCAAAUUGA